CAUCACUCUGGGUCUUGUUGUACCUUCGCAUCCUUGUAAGUAUCACAGCAACCUUGUUUCUCGAAGGUGUAGACCAUUACAGACCAGCCUGUACUAGCCUCGUGUCGAACAGUCGGACUGGGAAGACAAUUGACUCCAACUUACUCGUUAAACAUUUCCCCCUCAGUUUUCCAGUCCUGCGUAUUUAGUCUUGGCGAGCUGGACAAGCUCGUAUGCUUAUAGUACACCCAUCUUCUGUAUGCGAUGUCUGUCUCGAGCCGUAUGGUUGGGAAGAACAGGCGCGGACACCGCAUGCCAUCCCGUGUGGACACAUCUUCUGUUAUUCAUGUCUACAGUUAACGACUCCAAGCAAUUGUCCUUUGUGUCGGAAGGCUUUUCUGCCUCAACGAAUCAAGAAGAUCCAUGUUGAUCGAUUCAAUGGAGCGAUCGACGAUAGUUCGUCACCCGUGUGUGGCUCGCUGACCAAAAGGGCCAAAGUCCACGACCGGUAAGGUUCACUUUAGAUAUCACUAUGGGCCAA